GCGGGCGCGGGCAAGGCCGAGGAGCUGCACUACCCGCAGGGCGAGCACCGCAGCGACUACGAUCGCGAAGCGCUACUGGGCGUCCAGGAAGAAGUCGAUGAAUUUGUUAAACUGGAUCACGAUGAACAGCAAAAAAGGCUGCGGUCGAUCAUAAAGAAAAUUGAUUCGGAUUCUGAUGGCUUUCUCACCGAAAGUGAGCUCAGUUCGUGGAUUCAGAUGUCUUUUAAGCAUUAUGCCAUGCAAGAAGCGAAACAGCAGUUUGUCGAAUAUGACAAAAACAGCGACGGCAGCGUGACUUGGGAUGAAUACAACAUCCAGAUGUAUGACCGGGUGAUCGACUUCGACGAGAACACCGCUCUGGAUGAUGCCGAGGAGGAGUCGUUCAGACAGGUGAGUACUGUGACAGGCUGUUCUUGGCUCCUGUCGGUUUACCGGGCCUCCCCCAUGAAUGAACACCACAGGGCCCGAGGCCACAGCCUGGCGGGCUUGUUCUCUUAGGCCGUCCCUCGUCCC